UGAAAUAAGGGCAAUGUAUAGAUCUGGUUUCAUACUAAGCGCGUCACGUCCAGUCCGAUCGCGUCAAGACUUGUCAAGACUGAUUGCGACUCAGCCGGUUGAAUUUUUAAUGCCAGUCUUGACAGUCGUGCACUUCAGAAUGGAUGUGGAAACCUUGAUUUCAUUAGUGCAAGCAAAAGAGGCAAUCUACGAUCCUAAACACCCGAAGCACAGAGAUCGUGAUUUCAUUGCUGCCGUGUGGAGAGGCAUAGCCAGAGAAUUAAACACAACUGACGCAGAGGUCAAGGCAAAAUGGCAAAAUUUACGAAGCAAUUACAUGCGAGAAAAACGAAAACUGAAAAGUGUCCCUUCUGGGGCCGCUACAAACAGUGUCCCGAAAAUAACAUGGCCGUAUUUUAAGUUCCUGUGGUUUUUGGAUCCUACAUUAAAACAUAAAGCAACGUCGGGAAACGUUCCGGAAUCCGUCACUGCCAAUACUGAUGACACUUCUGAGGGUCACAUUGAGUCGCAAGAUGAGCUUCAAGAAGAAAGCCAACAGUCGCCCCCAGACUCGCCACGAGCGCUUGAAGAAGACUUUCAUCAGCAGGCAUACGACGUCAUUCGUACAUCAAGUUGCGCUACUCCUGCUUUUGGCUCACUCACUCGAAGGAAACGACAAAUUCAGACAAAUGAAACGGAAAAUGCAAUGCAAGACGUUCAACGCGAGACACAGGGGGAUCGUCAGGAGACGUAUCCAGACAUUCGUUCGCCAAGUGGUUCCACACGUUCUGAUGACUUACUACUUCGGGGGAAAAGACAAAAGAAAAAAAUUGAUACCGAAAAUGAAAUUGAUAGGCAAUACCUUAAACACCUACAGGCAAUUUCGGAUAACGUGAAAGAUGACCAAGAUCCGGACUUAUUGUUUCUACGAAGUUUACUUCCAUCCAUGAAACAACUUGGACCUCUCGAAAAUUUAGAAUUUAAAGGCGAAGUCAUUAAUUUAUUACAGACAAAGAUACGUUCUCAAUCGAAUCCACCAUCAGUCGCUGCUUCUACAUUUUCCCAUUAUUCCGCUAGUAGUGCACAUUCGCUAGAAGAACUGGCUGAUGACAUUACACCCACAAAUACUUUGGAGUCGUAUGUACUGCAUACUUUUAAAUAGUUAUAUUUCAUUUUUAAGAAUCUUGGUGUAUUUGUAAGAAUGUUGUUUUUUCUUUAUAAACAUAUUAAACAUUUGCAAAAAAAUUUGCUUUAUUUGAAACGGUUUCCUUACCUCAGGAAAACGG